CUAGCAGAACUCCGAAUUGCUGCGACACAAAUCUUAUAAUACCACAAAGAAAGACAAGAGAGAUUUUACCUGACCGCUUUGUCGAAGUUUUGGACCUUGCCUGGCAUGGACCUACCCACGCCAAACACCUCACAUGUACCAUAUGAGCGGGUCUAUGAACCAGCCGAAGACUCGUUCCUACUCCUCGACACCUUCUCUCUUGACACAGAACGAGCGUUCCUGCGAGAAAGAUUUUCAGAAAAUGUGCCACUCGUCGUCGAAAUCGGCACGGGCUCGGGCGUUGUGCUAGGCUUUGUCAAUGCCCACGCGCAAACACUCUUUGGCACCAGACGGAUCCUGACGGCGGGUGUGGACAUGAACGCCUAUGCGUGCAGGGCCACCGUCGAAACCGCGAGGCGGGCAGAGAGGGACAAUCCAUCUACACACGGGCUGUAUCUGGGCUCGAGCAUGGGCGAUCUUACCACGUCCAUACGAGACCACGAGAUCGACGUGCUCAUCUUCAACCCGCCCUAUGUCCCUACCUCGGAGAUGCCUCUACAACCAGACGAGUUCAAGCCAGAGCCGGCACCGAGCCAGCAGCCGUCAUUCGACGACGAUUCAUAUCUUCUGUCCCUGUCAUACGCCGGUGGCAAGGACGGUAUGGAAACGACGGAUCGGCUCAUAGACUCGCUGUCCGCUAUCCUCUCGCCCCAAGGCUGCGCUUACAUUCUGUUCUGCGCCCAGAACAGGCCCGAGCAGGUCAAGCAGCGCAUACGUGGGUUUGGGCCCGCGUGGAGGGCUGAGACCGUCGGGUCGAGUGGGAAGACGGCCGGGCGCGAGAAGUUGCAAGUCGUCCGUAUAUGGAGGGAGUCAGACAGUGCAUGAUACCACCAGCGGGCUGGCUAUAUCGGGGGAAUACAUUGUUCUCAAUCCAAUCCGUGCGGAUUCCAAUUUCUUUUCUGUCUCUCGUGAUGCCCGAAU